GAAACAGGAAGUGAGAGACUCAACUUGUUCCUCAGAAAACACUAGACACAAAGAGACAGACAGACGGACGGACAGACAGACAGACAGACGGACAGACAGACAAGUAGCCCAGGUGUAUCAGACAGCAGAAUAAAGGAGAGGCUGUUCAGUUGUAGUACUGAUGGACGGAGUGUGUGAGGAUGACCUCUGCUGGCUGCAGCUCGAUGAUUUCAGGAUGCUUCUCAUAAAAACCAUCGAACCUUCACGGAUCACCCCAUACCUCCGACAGUGUCAGACUCCUGUUGCUCCUCAGGUGAUCAGUGCUGAGGAUGAAGAGCAACUCUUCAACGACCCCGCCCUUGUCAUCAGGAGAAGAAAAGUCGGAGCCUUGCUGGACAUCCUCCAGAGGACAGGGGUCAAAGGUUACACAGCCUUCCUGGAGAGUCUGGAGCUGGAUUAUCCUCAACUGUACAGCCGGAUCACCGGGAAAGAGCCCAACAAGACCUUCAGCAUCCUGAUUGACACAGCAGGUGAAUCUGGUCUGACGCAGUUCUUGAUGUCGGAGCUCAGCCGGCUCCAGAGGACACUGCAAGAUGAGCGGAGGCGUCGACAGCAGGCAUGCUCUGUCGCUAAGGAACAGGAGGUGUGGUCUCGGCAGCAGUACCUAAGGGACCGCGAGCUGAAGAAGCUGACAGAGCGCCUGCAGAAGGUUCGCGAGGAGCGCGAGCGUCUAAGCGACGAGGUCAAACAACUCCGAGAUCACAAUUACAGUCUGAUGGCCGACAUCAACACUCUGAGCCAGGACAAGAGUCACGCCCUGCUGGCCAAUAGAGACCUGCAGAUAGAGGUGGAGCGUCUGAAACACACGGUGCUGAGAGCUGAGAGUCAAACAAGACUGCUGAGACGACGAACGCUGAGACCGCUACAGGAGAGCAGGAGUCUGGCUCUGCCCACUGAGACCUUCUUCCACCCCAACAGACUGGAGGAGCUGAAGGAGGAGAAACAGGAGGAGCUGAAGGAGGAGAAACAGGAGGAGAAGAAAGAGGAGAAGAAAGAGAAACAAGAGGACAAGAAAGAGGAGAAGGAGAGUCCAGCUCCCCCUCAGAUGAACCUCCUCGCUACUGUGUUCAGACUGAGGAAAGACCUCCACAGAGCAGAGGAGCAGAGAACCAGGAGUCUGCAGGAGAAGGAGGAGCUGGAGCUCCGAUGUGCUCAGCUGAAAGGAGACGCCAGGAUGUACCGUCAACGAAACAAACAAACGCUGAGACAGAUGGAGGAGGUGAUCAGAGAGAGAGACAAGGCUCUGUCAUCGCGGGCGGAGCAGCAGGAGGAGGCGCGGCUGCUCCUGCAGGAGAAGGAUCAAUACAGGGAGCAGAUCAGGCAGCUCACCGAACAAUCUGAUAGGCUGGAACUCCUCCUGCUGAGGUCACAGGGGGAGGAGCUACAGCUGAGGACACGCCUCCGCAGACUCACCUACAACUCGCACCAGUGUGAGAGGAGCAGUGAGGAGGAGGAGGAGCCCACAGAGAAUGCCGCUAAAGGGAGCAGUGAGGAGGUCUGCAGCGGGACGUCAGGAGAGAACGAGGAGGCGGCGCUGCAGUGUCACGACACUCCUCCAGGAGGAGCCAACGCACCUCAACAGCAGCGCAGCCCUGCUGCAUCAUGGGAGGAGGAGGAGACAGACGGCUGUUUGUCCUCCAGGAGUCGUCCAAACUUCUUCUAUCGCAGGAAGCGAGCUGUCAGAUCCAAGAUCUGCUGUAAGGAGUACACCGCCGGUAACCUUGACGACAGUAGUGGCAGUGACAUCACUGACUCUGACUAAACAUCACAUGAUCAGUCAGAGUCACAUGAUCAGUCAGCUGUUUCUUGUCUAACUUUCUGAUUGAACAAAUAAAAAAAUGAAUGAAUGAA